AACACCAUCAGUCAGUCUUAAAUAUUGUUAAAAGAAAUUGUGAAUUGGCUGUAUUCACUUUUGAAAAAAAUAUAUUUAAAAAUUUAUAAAGUACAAAAAUCAGAACAAAUAAAAAUCCAAACAAAUAAAAAUAUCUCUAUAGUGCAGCUUAAUAAAAUAAAAAAAUGAAUCAGUUACAAAGAAUUGCAAUAAUGACAGUAUUUUGUGCAGCCAUCUGGGCAAAUACAAUUGGAAUACCUGUGCUACCUGUCCUAGAUGAAUCCUCGGGAAUUGACAAUGAAACAAUCGAGGGUUUGAGAGCAAGUGUAAAUGAUACACCGAAAAAUCUAUACGUUGUGAAAGCAGUGGUCUAUGAAAUAGGUAUUCUAACAGAUGAAGAUGAAAACGAUACUUCCAGUAUUGAAAGCCAAGAACGUGUAGAUCUGACCUUCUUUGAUGCUCACAGAAAUAGCAGUCACAUCGAUCUUGGUAAUAUUCCACUUCCCAUUCAAACAAAUGUUAGCGGCCAAGUUCUUACGGGAAUUGCACCAGUCAAUAUUGGUGCAUUCAGUAAUCCCAAUGAGCUAUUAAACACACUACCUCUUACUGGAACCAUCGUUAAUCUGACACAUAGUGAUACAUCAUACUUCCAACUGUCAACUCACAAUAUCAGUGAAAGUGAAAAACCUCAGGUCCUUACUCAAGAGGAAAUUGCCCAAAUUCCUGAUGCAGCUAAUAUUUUCCCAUCACUCAAACAUGAAAGUGAUGAGAUUUCGAAAAAUUCAGUUCCUUCAGAUGAUGACUAGAGAUUUUGUACACUAUAGCUAUAGUCUAGUUAGCAAGUGCUUGAAGAACGGUUUAGCACUCUAGUUUUAAUUAGGCUUAAAUCUUCAUCAACAUUCAUCUUCUUCCUCACAAAACAAAGACUGUAAAUUUCUCUAAUUUUUUUUUCUCAUCAUCAUAAGUUUGUUAAUAAAAAUAAUAAUACAAUCCUAUAGAACAUUU